GGGCAAGGUUGGCUGCGUUUUUUAAAAAACAACCACCGCCGUCCGCCGGUCCACCAAUCCGAGCGCCGGAAACGGGGGCACGUGACCCUGUCGGCUCCGAGCGUGAGGUGGGUGUUUUGCCAGAGGAGCUGCCGCCGCUGAGGGAGACGAAGGUAGAGCCGCCACUGCCGCUGGGUAGCCGAGGGAGGGAGAAACCCCGCGCGGAGGCUCCUGUGAGCGCGGAGGCUGUUCCACCCGCACGCGUGGAAAGGGCCUCGGCGGAUGCGCAGGCCGCUGGCGUACUCGCUGCUGGCGGCGGCGGCGAAAGAAGACGACGACGAAGACGAGGAGGCUUCUCUCGGGUCCGUCCCUGGCUGAAGCGGCGGCGGCGCGGGAGGGGGCCGCUCGCUCGGGACGGGCCUCUCUCUCUCGCGCGCCUUUGCUCUCCCUCCUCAGCCUCGCCGGGUGCGUAUUUGCCUCGGCUCAGGCAGCCCCGCCAGCCCUCUCCUCUUCCCCUUUCUGUCUGACCCAGCCACCACCAAAGCCCUGAGCCAGAGGAUCAGCAAAGGCCCUCUUACCCCUCAGCAACUGACGAAGAGCCUUUCUACGACUUUCCAUCACUAAUCACGGUUUAUCUAUCCCACCCCAUAGCCUGGAUAUCUUGAUAGGCAUCGCCUUUCCUCCAAAAGGAUAUCGUUUAUGUAUACUUUUGCCAUCUCCCCCAGCACACGCACACUGAAAAAGAGAGCGGGCACUCACCUUGUUCCUUUUAAACGCUUGGCAGAGAGUCCCUACUUACCCGUGAGGCAUUAAUUGCUCUCUGGUUCUUACCACGCAUACCCAGGCACACGUUUCUGUAAAAGCAGGGCAGCUGCGAGGUUUAUUUCCCUCUGCAGCUUGACACUAGUCCUUUUAGCCUUCUUCUGCCAGCUAUUCCCGUUUAUGCUGCAGGUGUUUUUAGUCUACACGUACAUAAGCCUCCCACACUACUCAGACAGGACUAUUUCCUGUUACGAUAACUCUUGCUUUCUCAAGGAACGUGUGCAUUUCUUUUCCUGGGCCUCUGGAGCAGACGUUGGCCCCAUUUUGUUUCUUUUCUGUUGGACCUCUUUCUAUUCUGCAGGUGUUAGUUCCAAUCAGUCCUUCUUCAACCAGUAUACUAACACUCCAUUGUUUAUCCCUACUGGGUAAAAACGUAACAGGCAAGGGAGCAUUCAACAUUUUCCCGACCAGCAAAAUAUUUCCGUGCCCUGCCAAAUCUUUGCAGAAAUUGACCCAAGCCCAGUUAAAGUAGUGCCCUUUUUGUCUUGCUCUCAUAGCAAUCGCUUUCCUCCAACCCUAAGUAAAUGUUCUUUUUUUUUAGUUCCAAAAAGGCAGGGGUCCUCCCUGCAUCCUCCUCCAGUUGAUCCCAUUCAUCAUUCAUGGUCUCAUUGCACCCUUGUUGGGAGGAAAGGGUCUGGAGACCUUGGGAGCCUUUUCUUGCCAGGUGAGGGAAGGUGAAAAAGAGACAGGAGGUGACCCCUCAGUAAUGACUCCAUGAGAAGGGAAGAAGGAGAGCUCUCCCUGACAGAAACCUAUCACGCUUGCCUGGCCAUGGAGUGUGUACAAGUCUCCCCCAUGCAGCAGCAACAAGGGAAAGCUGCUGAGGGGGACCACCUCAUGCUGCUGCUGCCACCUCCUGCUGUGCAGAAGGAAGAGGAGGGUCUGCUAAGGGCUUCUGAUCCUUGGGCUGUCUCUCGAGUGGACGGCAGUCAAGGUGGGACAAAACUUCAAGAGGCUUUGGACUUUUCAGCACAUCUUCAGAAUACAGAAAACCUCACGCACAGCCCUCCCACGCUAGGGAGCCAUCCUGGCAGAGAGAUGGUGGGCAAUUCUACUGCAUGUUCUUCAAAGGAAGAUUUGAAAGAUACAGAGCACUGUGAUUUGGCAGACGAGCAGUUGCAGCCAUCGGGGAAAGAGACUUUGAGCCAUCCACUACAGGAAGAGUUGCUGGGAAAUAAGGUGGCCUGUAAUAAUCCUCCUUUGGUCACAGCUGCCGGAGAAUGCCUUACGGUUGCUGAAAAAUGUUCUCAACAGAACAACUGUUUGCAGGAAAAAUUGGACUCCUCUUCCCAGAACUGUUGUUUAGGCUUGGAAGCAACAAGUGGAGAGAGUCCAGAAGAUGACCAAACAAGCCAUGGUUCUCUGUCUGCUGAUGAUGGGAAACUGAAACCUGGUGCAAAACAUGUCACAUUUCCUUCCGAUGAAGACAUUGUGUCUGGGGCUGUGGAACCCAAAGAUCCUUGGCGUCAUGCUCAGAAUGUGACUGUGGAAGAAAUUAUCACCGCCUACAAGCAAGCCUGUCAGAAGUUAAACUGUAAACAGAUACCCAAACUACUGAAGCAGAUCCAGGAAUAUAAAGACUUGACUCCCAGGAUAGAGUGCUUGGAUCUGAAAGGCGAGAAGUUAGACUACAAGGCUUGUGAGGCCCUGGAAGAGAUUUUUAAGCGCCUCCAGUUCAAAAUAGUGGAUUUGGAGCAAACGAACCUAGAUGAAGAUGGUGCCUCGGCGCUGUUUGAUAUGAUUGAAUACUAUGAGUCAGCCACACACCUCAACAUCUCAUUUAACAAACACAUCGGCACACGAGGUUGGCAGGCGGCUGCGCACAUGAUGAGGAAGACAAACUGCCUCCAGUACUUGGAUGCCCGCAACACACCUCUGCUCGAUCACUCGGCACCGUUUGUGGCGCGCGCCUUGCGCAUCAGCAACAGCCUUACUGUGCUGCACCUGGAGAACGCGAGCCUGUCGGGGCGGCCCCUUAUGUUGCUAGCAACCGCUCUUAAAAUGAACAUGAAUUUACGGGAGCUUUACCUGGCUGACAACAAGCUGAACAGCCUCCAGGACUCUGCUCAGCUGGGCAACCUCUUGAAGUUCAACUGUUUCAUACAGAUUCUGGACCUGAGGAACAACCACAUCCUGGACUCAGGCCUGGCAUACAUCUGCGAGGGGCUGAAGGAGCAGCGGAAAGGCCUCGUCACCCUGGUGCUGUGGAACAACCAGCUGACUCACACUGGCAUGGCUUACAUGGGGAUGACGCUGCCUCACACCCAGAGCCUGGAGACCCUGAAUCUGGGACACAACCCCAUUGGCAAUGAAGGUGUCCGCAACCUGAAGAACGGGCUCAUCAGCAACCGCUCAGUGCUGAGGUUGGGAUUGGCAUCGACCAAGCUGACGUGUGAGGGCGCUGUGGCAGUGGCAGAAUUCAUUGCGGAGAGUCCCCGGCUACUUCGGCUGGACCUUCGGGAGAACGAAAUCAAGACCGGAGGGUUGAUGGCCUUGUCUUUAGCCCUGAAAGUCAAUCACUCGCUGCUCAGGCUGGACCUCGACAGGGAGCCCAAAAAGGAAUCGGUGAAGAGCUUUAUCGAGACGCAGAAGGCCCUCUUGACGGAGAUCCAGAACGGCUGCAAGCGCAACUUUGUCCUUGCCAAAGAGAAGGAGGAGAAGGAGCAGCAGCUCCAGCAGUCGGCCUCCAUGCCCGAAAUCACCAUCACGGAGCCCCUUGAGGAGGGGGCGGUGGAGGACGAGGGGCAGAACGGUGACAUGGCGCCCAUGCCGGAAGAGGGGGAGGAAAUCAGGGAGGCACCGCCCUCCCAGGAGAACGGGGCGGCCGACAAGAGAGCUAGUGGCAACGACGAGUCCUCAGACUCCGAUUCGGACACAGACGAAGAAGAGGAUGAAAAGCUGGUGAUGAAGGCUCUCCCGACAUCACCUCAGAAGCUCAGCAGCCCUGAUCACGCGGGUGACUUGCCCAAGCCACCUUCCCCCUCAAAGACCAGCGGUGCCCUUAGCCCCGAAAGCAGAGUGCUGCCCCCCUUGAACACCACAGAAGAAAUAAAAUGUGAAUCUCGAUUGGGAGUCACCAGUGGGCCUCCAGCCCAGGCCAGCUCUCCCGGGAAUGAGAGGAGGAUUGCGGUCUCCAGCCCUGGGCGAGGCCACAAAAUAUUUGUUGUUACGCGGGUGGAGAGCCUGCCGGAGAAGGCAGUGCCAGAGGGUGCUGAUACGCGGCAAGAGGGGAGCCCUCUUCCUCCACGGGCUUCUCCGCCAAAGCCGAGCGACCCUCCAGUCCCGCAGGCUCAGCCAGCAAAGACUGAAUGCUCAGAUGGACAAGCGACAGAGGCUGUUCCCAAGCGGGCGGCUGGCUCAGAAACCUCUCCCUCCACACCAAGCCCUGUUUUGGGGGCAGAAAAGAUGAACUCUGGGCCGUGUGAGAGCGGUGUUCACAGCUCUCUGCUGCCUAACGGACUAAGGAUGGAGUUUGUUCAUGCACUACCAGAUGCUCCCUCAGGGCAUGAUGGGAAAAUGGACAGUUGCUCUGUAGAACAUGAGCUAAACUGUUCCAAGAACGAGAAGGAGCUGGAGGAAUUACUCUUGGAAGCAAGCCUAGAGAUGGGACAGGAGCCAAUGUGACACUUUAGUUCUGGGCCAUUCUGCAUCCAAUGGGGUCUCUUUGGGGAAGCGCCUGCCUAGCUUUACCUCCACCCUUCACCAUGUGAUUCUGAAAACAACAACACCGCCCCCCUGACUGCCACACAGAGGCAACAUGACAAGCGCCACCUGUCCCAACGGCAUCCAUUUCCAACUGUGACCCUUUCCCCUGCCGCUACCCCCUUAUUCUCAUUAUCGAAGUCUUCCCUCUGAUAAAAGAUGUUCUGCUUGGAGGGGGGUCGGGAUUCAGGAAACAGAAGAGCCAAGGAGACCUUGACCCAAGAGAAAAGCUUCCUUCAGGGUGAACUCUUGACAUCUUUUGCUGCUUUUUGUGUCUCCCUGGAACUCUUGCCGGGGGGAGGAACUCAGCAAUGUUUUUGUUUCAUUUUUCCUUUUGCAAGGGGAUGCCCCUUGCAAGUGAUUUCACAAGGCAGAGGCUGGUUUGCGGACUCGGAUCGUUGGCACCGCCUCUCUCCAGUCUAACUGGGAAACUUUAAAAGGAAAAGGGCAAACACUACAGAUGAACAGGGCCCUGUGUGUUUGCUUUGUGUGUGUCGCGAGCACCGCAGGUCCCAGUAGGUCCAGUUUUCCAUGAAUGCUUCGAGAGGAGCAGGCCUCUCCUGGGUCCCGCUGGCUGAGAGCGUCAUAAUGCUGUAGCUCCCUUGCCAAGCAAGACUAUUGAGGCUGUUUAAUCCACAGCACAGACUACUAUUUAUUUUUAUUUUUCAGUUUCUCUUUCCCCACCCACCGCCCUCCCUUAGUUGCGUCUCCUUGUUUGUUUGUCUUUUCUUCGGUGUCUGUUGAACAGAAUGGGAACAGUUUUUCCUCCCACCUUUUAACCUCCAACCACCUUAAGAAAAGGAAAAGGAAAAGGUUCUGCUUCCUCCCAAUUUGCAGAGUGCACCGAAUCAGGAAGCCACCAAGAAGCUGAUUUUCCCUGGUGAAGUUGUUUGCAGCAAGCAGAGAGAGAGAGAGCGCGCACCCGUGUGUGUGUGUGUGUGUGUGUGUGUGUGUGUGUGUGUGAGUGAUGUGAUGCCUUUUUGUGCAUUGAUGGGCAACGUUUGCUCAUUGCCCACUAAUAAGAGGACUGCCGUGGCUUCGACUGAUCCGGGUUCUCCUGGCCUUCAGUGGAGAGAAUGAGGCAAACUCCUUGCAUCUCUCCUAGCAAGAUUUGUUCUUCAAGCCAUACCAUGCCGAACUUUUGGACGAUGUGGAUGAUACUGUGUAUGGCUUGACUGUUGAAGUAGCGAAUAUUUUAACUGACCGUUAAACUUCGUAAAUGGCACGUGUGCACCGUGAGAGACACGCCCCACCCCGUUUUGUUCACCCCAUGCGAUAAAACUGAUGUGAGAAACUUCUUAGGAUGCUGCUGAUUUUUUGGGCAGUUUUCAUCUUUUAUUGUUACUUUAUUCUUCAAAAAGUUGUAGGCUUUCCCACAGUUCUUGUGCGUACAUCGGCUGUGGACAAGGACCCAGGUGCAGUGAUGAUAGAGUGUUACCUGGCUAUCACCAGGGCCUUUCAGGGUCCAAAAUCACUACUUUUGCAGAAGAAGGUUGAAUCCCUGACAGCAGCACCCCAUCCCACCCCCUGGAACUUCGAUUUCCUUGAGAAAAGGGGGUAAACACACCACCAGUUGAAACGUGAACUGCUCUCCCAAGUUUUGCUCCACAGAGGAAAUGCUCCAGGCUUUGUGGGUCUCCUGGCUGGCCGUUCUGCACCGAAAGGGGAGGGGAGGAGGUGGGUUGCUGCAGAAAGUGUAUUGCUAGAGAGUGGGUGGCGGUUGAUUAUUUCUCAGGGAAGGACUUUUUGCAGCCAAAAAAUACCUCCCCCUGCCCCCCUCCCGGUGGUGCAUUGAGACCCAGUGGAAGAGAUCCCAAAGGCUAUUUACGGGAAGCUCCACAAAAACCAGGCUCAAAUGGCCUCAAAGAUUAGCCCUGAUAGGCAAGGUCUUCCUCCAAAAGAAAAGAGAAGAAGCUUGCCCGCCGAGAUGGGAAACCAGGACUGACGAGAGGCGGGGCAACCAGCCCCCCUUGCAUGGGGAAGUCCGUGUUGUAGGGUGACAGGUGUAAAAACAAGUGGCCAUCUUUUUUUGUUUUGAGCCUAGGUGCGGUGGGAAGAAUAAGCCCUCUCUUUGGGUCCUUAAAUUCUUUUCUCACGGAAUCCCACUGGGAUCGCUCAACUCUAACCCCAGUUGCUAGCAGGAAAGGAAGAAAAAGAAACACGCUUCCCCCCCCCCCCAAGCGAUGGACUGCUUUCCUCCUGUUGACACGAAACGAAAUCUCCGCAGGAGAUUUGCGGUACUAACCCCGAAGCUGAAGCGAAAACGAAAAGGAAUCUCUCUUUUUUUGUAUAGACUUAGCAGAGGAACCGUUUUCCCCACCACAACACCCCCUAAAAGUGUGGGGUGGGGGGAGGGUGGCAGCUGUUGGGUAGACAUAGAACUUAAUGCUUUUUACUUUAUUAUUAUUUUUCUUAAGUGCAAUAAAAAUCUUAUCAGGGAGCUUGAAGGGCACUUUUGCUGCAUGGAAAUUCAGGCUGGAGAGGCAGGAGGGAGAAAAACAAAAACUUGGUGUGCCCACCAUCUGCUUGACCAUGAUUCUUUUUCUCUCACACACACCCCGACACACAGAAACACAUGGAGUUUUUGCUGCGUUAACACUACAUUUACAGAAAAGAAGAUGGCACCAGUUUGAUUUUGUGUUCCUUUUCCUCCCCCAGUUUUAUUUUUGCUAAAGUUUGUCAUUCCUUUCUGUUUUUUUUGUUUGUGUGUGUGUGUGUGUGGAGUUUUAUUUUUGUUGAAACUGUCUUCUAUUAAAUGAAAAGCUGCAUUCAUCACGUGGCUUCUCUCAGUCUCUUUUGGGAAAGGGGGUCCAAAGCACAAUCUCCGUUCUUGCCCCAUGUCGCAGUCACGUUUUGCCAGCAAAACAGGCGCCAAAUAAGCGGUGUUGUGAAUCGAAAAGUGUGCCGAGGCUGGGUUGGGUCUCUGCACAACAUCCUCCUUAUUUAUGUAUUGCCGUUGGGUGACAAUGUGAUUUUACAGAGUGGCGUAAGCAAAAAAAAAAAAAAAGUGGUCUGAGCCCUCAAAAAUCUUCCAGCAUAAUUUAUCAAUGGGAGAGGAAGCAAAGGAAGGGAGAGGAAGGGAAAGGAAUUGUGCAUACUGGGAUUUUAUUUUGGUGUGGAACGAGAGGACUCUGCAGGUUAAACUAUGAGCAUCAGGAGAAACUCUGUUUUUUUGUCUCUGGCUUUCCCAAAAGCUUGGAGAGACACUGCAUUUUCAUCGCCUGGCUGCACAACAGCUUUGCUGGUUCUCCCUCCACCCAACUGCGUUACGCAGCCACAUUCAUCCUUGAACUUUUGCUUCCAAGCCUAUCGGGCAAUGCAGUUGCUUGUUUUUUUGCUUGUUAGCGUUUGGUUGCUUCAUGGGCAAAUAGGUCUGAGAAGAGAUUAGGGAUUGGAGCAAUGGGUCUUGAUCCUUUGCAAAGGAAUUGAUGCCUCUGAAGCUGGGGAGGCAUUGUGCACUUACGCAGCUCCAAGGGAAGGAAGUAAAGGGGGGGGGUGCUUACUUGCCGGAGGAGAGACGCCAGGAAAGCAGUAUGAGGAAGAGAUCAGCAGGCAAGGUGUAGAGCUUUCCUACAGAAACCUUCCUUCCCUUUCUAAUAAAAGCAAUAAUCUACUGGACUAGCACCCUCUGGUGUGAGAAGGUGGAACUGUCAGGAAGCCAAAGGAAAAGAUGGCAGAGUGAAUUCCUCGUGACGUAGUAAUAUAUGCGAGCUUAAGUUUUUUUCCCUUUUAAACCCCUCUGAAACUUCUUCCUGCCAUCAGAAAGGUGGGGUCUUGUUCAUGUGCUUAUCUCUGAUGCAUGUUUUAAAAGUGCAUUCUUAAAUAAACAAGCCCUGUUUCAUUGUUUAUUUUUUGUAAACCCUCCCCCCACAAAAAAGGAAAAUAUUGACACUGCCUGGAUAGCUCAGUUGGUUAGAGUGUGGCGAUGAUAACUCCAGGAUUGCAGGUUUGAUCCCCGUAUGGCUCAGCUGUGUAUUUCUGCAUUGCAGGGGGUUGGACGAGAUGAUCCUUGAGGGCCCAACUCCACAAUUACAGGGCCUAGAAAUAUACCUGGACUACUGCAGGAGUAAGGACUCAAAACAUUGCUUAGCUGGAGCAGAGCAAGAUUCAUCAGCUCCAACUAUUCUGUGUCCAGGAGCUCGGGGUAUACAAGAGUCCUGUAUCUCCAGCACACCAAAAGCCCAUAUGGUCCAACGUCAUGUUCUCACAGUGACCAAAUGCCCCAAUGGGAAGCAGGACCCAGUCAGGACCUGAGUGCCACAGUGCCCCACUCUGCAAUUGCGAUUCUUCAGCAACUGGCAUUCAGAGGUGUACUUCCCUCUGAAUACUGUUGGAGGCAGAGCAUAGCCACCCUGGCUGGUAGCCAUCGAUAGCCUUGCCCUCCAUGAAUUUGUCAAAAUCCUCUUUAAAGCCACCGAAGCUGGAGGCUGCCACUACAUCUUACGGGAGCAAAUUUCAUAGUAUUAACCAAGUGCUGCGUGAGAAAGUUCAUUUGUUCACCUGCCCCCAGCCUUCAUGGAACACGAGACAAACUUGUGGGUUU